AAAUGUAUAUUUAGCUAUUUCUCGACAGCACAAUUCGGUUUCGAACAGGCCGAUGUUUUCUCAAUCCCUAAAAUCCCCAAAUUGAAUGAUUUCGCUUGUGGCUGUAACAAACGGAGCUUGCAAAUGGGAAGCCAGAGGAAUUCCGGGAAGCAAAAAAUCAACCAAGUAAAAGCCAGUUGGACGCCCGAGAAUCAUGAAUUGUUCAUCGACUUGUGCCUCGAGCAGAUAUCGAUAGGAAAUAAACCAGGCACACAUUUAACUAAAAAUGGCUGGAAUAAUCUUUUGGGUUCGUUUCACUCGAUAACAGGUAUAAAAUACGAAAGGAUUCAGCUGAAGAAUCACUGGGAUAUGACCAAGAAAAACUGGAAAAUCUGGCACGAUCUCGUUUCCACCGAAUGGCUUAAAUGGGAUCCAGUCGAACGAAGCUUUGGAGCCACUGAACAAGAAUGGGAUCAAUAUAUACGAGAAAAUCCAGACGCUGCACAGUUUCGAUCGAAGGAGCUCCUGUUUGCAGACAAGCUGGACAUUGUGUUCGGCGGGGCUGAAGAUUAUGGGGUGAGAAAAAGACGAAAUUGUGGUGCGAGAAAGAUCAGUUGUUAUACGAGAGCAGAGCCUAUUAGUGUUGUUAGGAAGCAUAAUAAUUACCCGGGAAAUAAUACAUAUAUGCAUGUGGAAGAAGAGCCAAUGGUUGGGAAUGGUAACGAUGCAGUAGAAUCAAGAAGCGGUGUUACGGUGCAAUCUCCACCGCACAAAUUGAGCUACAGCAUUGAAGAAUGCAUCAAGGGCCUGGAUUCGAUCGAAGAACUGGAGCAAGGAUGCGAGCUCUAUUUAUUUGGGUUGGAUAUAUUUCUGAAGAAGGAGUAUAGGGAAAUUUUCCUUAACUUGAAGAAGUCGAGCACGAGGAUUGCAUGGUUAGAAAGGCUGCAAUCGAGUAACUCUUUGCCGUUGAAUUAGUGACUCCUUUCGUAAGGGAAUAGUUAAUUAGUGUAUCUGCUCUUUUUGUACAAUAUGCGAAAGCAAGUAGCAACUAGUCGUUUGUUCUGCUCGACAUUUAAUAUGCUUGUUUUCUCGAUCGAUGAAAGUAAAUUAUCUGCUGAACGGUGGUGGUUAUUAUGGAGAUUUCCGUGCUAGCGUGCACUCCCGUUGGUAUAUUUUCUUGCAAGCUACCGAGUUGAGCUCGAACGGGCUUUGGUCGAGUCGAAUAAAAUAGUGUUAGGCUAAUUUGAUCGUUACGUAAGUAUUUUAUUAUUUUCUUUCAGCCAAGCUUGAUCUCGAGCUGAAGCACGUGCCUUAUCAAACAAAAAUAUGUAUUCAAACUUGAUUCGUUAGUAAUUCGUAAAUCGUAACAAACCAUAGAUUGGAAGAUAUCUAUGUUUUUAUUGAAAA